AUGCAAUAUAUUGACGACUCCGACUCCGACGCGCCCGCUGACAAGGACAAAGACGAGGACGACGCCGCCUGGGCCAAGGCCGUGACGGCCGGCAAGAUGAGCAAGGGCGACAAGCUGGCCGCGGUCGACCACUCCGCGGUGGAGUAUCCCCCCUUCAGGCGCAACUUCUAUAUCGAGGUGCCGGAGAUCGCCAAGAUGAGCGACGAGGAUGUGGCCAAGCUCAGGAAGGAGCUCGACGGCAUCAAGGUCCGCGGCCGCGCGCCGCCGCGGCCGAUCCGCACGUGGCACCAGGCGGGGCUGUACUCGCGGGUGCUGGAUGCUAUGCUCAAGAGCGGCUUUGAGACGCCCCUGCCCAUACAGGCCCAGGCCCUCCCCAUCAUCAUGUCGGGCCGCGACUGCAUCGGCAUCGCGAAGACCGGCUCCGGCAAGACGCUCGCGUUCGUGCUGCCGCUGCUGCGCCACGUGAAGGACCAGCCGCCGCUGGCGCAGGGGGACGGGCCCAUCGGCCUCAUCAUGGCGCCCACGCGGGAGCUGGUCGCCCAGAUCGCAAAGGCUGCUUGCAAAUUGUGCCAUGUGCUUGCGAAUGGCGCCUCGCGGCCGCGCUUCGCCAGCCGCACCUGA